AUGUCUGCCAUUUUGAAACAAAGAGUUAGAUAUGCCCCAUAUCUCAAAAAAUUAAGAACUGCUGAACAAUGUAUUGACUUGUUCAAAAAUGGUCAAUACUUGGGUUGGUCAGGUUUCACUGGUGUUGGUGCUCCAAAAGCUAUCCCAACUGCUUUGGUUAACCACGUUGAAAAGAACAAUUUACAAGGUCAAUUGGGUUUCCACUUGUUUGUUGGUGCCUCUGCUGGUCCUGAGGAAAGUAGAUGGGCUGAAAACAACAUGAUCUUGACCAGAUCUCCACAUCAAGUCGGUAAGCCAAUUGCCGCUGCUAUCAACGACGGUAGAACUCAAUUCUUUGACAAACACUUGUCUAUGUUCCCACAAGAUUUAACCUACGGAUUCUACACCAAAAACAAACCAAAUGGUUCUAACUUGGACUACACGAUUAUUGAAGCCACUGCUAUCACCGAAGACGGUGCCAUUGUUCCAGGUCCAGCUGUUGGUGCUUCUCCAGAAAUGCUUUCUGUUUCUGAUAAAAUCAUCAUUGAAGUCAACACAAAAACCCCAUCUUUUGAAGGUAUUCACGAUAUUGAUUUGCCAGUUAACCCACCAUUCAGACAACCAUACCCACACACCUCAGCAGAUUUCAGAAUUGGUAGAACUGCUAUCCCAGUUGAUCCAGAAAAAGUUGUUGCCAUUGUUGAAACUACCGAAGGUGACAAAGUCCCACCAAAUACCCCAAGUGAUGCUCAAUCUCAAGCAAUUGCUGGUCAUUUGAUUGAAUUUUUGGAAAACGAAGUCAAACAAGGACGUCUCCCAGAAAACUUGCACCCAUUACAAUCUGGUAUUGGUAACAUUGCUAAUGCUGUUGUUGAAGGUUUGGCACAAUCCAACUUCAAGAACUUGACUGUUUGGACCGAAGUCUUGCAAGAUUCUUUCUUGGAUUUCUUUGAAUCUGGAAGUUUGGAUUUUGCUACCGCCACUUCCAUCAGAUUGACCGAAGAAGGUUUCAAGAAGUUCUAUGACAACUGGGAUGUCUACUCCAAGAAAUUAUGUUUAAGAUCACAAGUUGUUUCCAACUCCCCAGAAAUUAUCAGAAGAUUGGGUGUUUUGGCUUUCAAUACUCCAGUUGAAGUUGAUAUCUAUGCCCAUGCCAACUCUACCAAUGUUAUGGGUUCAAGAAUGUUGAACGGUUUGGGUGGUUCCGCUGAUUUCUUGAGAAAUGCUAAAUUAUCUGUCAUGCACACUCCAUCUGCUCGUCCAACUAAAGUCGAUCCAACUGGUGUUUCCUGUAUUGUCCCAAUGGCCACUCACGUUGACCAAACCGAACAUGAUCUUGAUGUUAUUGUUACAGAACAAGGUUUAGCUGAUCUUAGAGGUCUCAGUCCUAAAGAAAGAGCUCAAGUUAUCAUUAACAACUGUGCUCACCCAGAUUAUCAAGCACAAUUACAGGACUACUUUGACAGAUCUGUUUUCUACGCUACCAAGAAGAAGUGCUUACACGAACCACACAUGUUGAACGAAGCCUUUGCUAUGCACUUGAACUUGCAAGAAAAUGGUACUAUGAAAUUAAACAAAUAG